GGGGCAGUAGUGUAAAAGGAUUUCGUUUUCGGGUACUCACGUAAUGAUCCGUUAAUAAGUAUUUCAUCUCCCCCCGUCUCCUAUCUGGUAGUAGUGAAAAGAGGAACCAUCGGCUUGGCAUACAACCAACUCAAAGCCGGAAAACCAUUAACUACCGCCGUAGUAGUGUCUGUGUCUCGGAGUUGAGACAACUAUGUCCAUGGUAGACGAGCCCUUGUACCCCAUAGCAGUACUAAUAGAUGAGCUGAAGAACGAUGAUAUCCAAUUACGAUUAAAUUCCAUCAGAAAGCUUUCUACAAUUGCUCGUGCUCUAGGAGAAGAACGAACCCGAAAGGAAUUAAUUCCUUUCUUGAGUGAAAACAAUGAUGAUGACGACGAGGUUCUUCUUGCCAUGGCUGAAGAGCUAGGUGUGUUCAUUCCUUAUGUUGGAGGACUUGAGCAUGCUCAUGUGUUGCUACCCCCUUUGGAAACUCUUUGCACUGUCGAAGAAACAUGUGUGAGAGACAAAGCUGUGGAGUCUCUAUGCAGGAUUGGAUCCCAGAUGAGAGAAACAGAUUUGGUUGACUGGUUUAUACCUCUUGUUAAGAGGUUAGCAGCUGGUGAGUGGUUCACUGCUAGAGUUUCUGCAUGUGGGCUGUUUCACAUUGCUUAUCCAAGUGCCUCAGAGAUGUUGAAGGCAGAAUUGAGGUCAAUUUAUAGUCAGUUAUGUCAAGAUGAUAUGCCUAUGGUUAGGAGAUCUGCCUCUACAAACUUAGGGAAAUUUGCUGCUACUGUGGAACCUUCUCAUCUCAAGACUGAUGUUAUGCAAAUGUUUGAAGAUCUUACACAGGAUGAUCAAGAUUCUGUACGUUUGCUUGCUGUGGAGGGUUGUGCUGCUCUUGGGAAGCUGUUGGAACCUCAAGACUGUGUUGCACAUAUUCUUCCUGUCAUUGUCAAUUUUUCUCAGGACAAGUCAUGGCGUGUUCGAUACAUGGUUGCUAAUCAGCUGUAUGAGCUAUGUGAAGCUGUGGGACCUGAACCUACCAAAACGGAUUUAGUUCCAGCAUAUGUUCGGCUACUUAGAGACAAUGAAGCAGAAGUACGUAUUGCAGCUGCUGGAAAAGUCACCAAAUUCUCCCGCAUUCUUAGUCCAGAGCUUGCUAUUCAGCAUAUUCUUCCAUGUGUCAAGGAGUUGUCUUCAGAUUCUUCUCAGCAUGUUAGAUCUGCUUUGGCUUCUGUUAUAAUGGGGAUGGCUCCUGUUUUAGGGAAGGAUGCAACUAUCGAGCAACUUCUCCCUAUCUUUCUAUCACUUUUAAAAGACGAGUUUCCAGAUGUACGUCUGAAUAUUAUUAGUAAGCUAGAUCAAGUGAAUCAGGUGAUUGGGAUCGAUCUUUUAUCCCAAUCAUUACUUCCAGCAAUUGUGGAACUUGCUGAAGACAGACAUUGGAGGGUGCGAUUGGCUAUAAUAGAAUACAUACCUCUGUUAGCAAGUCAGUUGGGUGUUGGGUUUUUUGAUGAUAAACUUGGUGCCCUUUGCAUGCAAUGGUUACAAGACAAGGUAUAUUCGAUCAGAGAAGCUGCUGCUAACAAUUUGAAGAGACUUGCGGAGGAGUUUGGUCCGGAUUGGGCGAUGCAGCACAUUGUCCCGCAGGUCUUGGAAAUGGUCAACAACCCGCAUUACUUGUACCGCAUGACCAUUCUUAGCGCCGUUUCUUUACUUGCUCCUGUUCUCGGCUCUCAGAUUACCUCUUCCAAGUUGCUACCCGUUGUCGUUACUCUCGCCAAAGACAGAGUGGCAAAUAUCAGGUUUAAUGUUGCAAAGGUCUUGCAGUCUUUUAUCCCUAUUCUUGACCAAUCUGUGGUGGAGAAAAGUGUAAGGCCAUGUUUAGUUGAGUUGUCGGAGGACCCGGAUGUUGAUGUGCGGUUCUUUUCAAAAGAAGCACUUCAGGCUAUUGAUCAAGUCAUGAUGUCAACCUAAGUUCAUAUACAUAUAUAUGUUAUGUUGCAUAUGCUAACUUGUUGUCACUUAUAUAACACCCACCAAUACCAUUAGUCUCUGUCAUCUAUUCUCCAUUUUGUUUAUUUUGGCCUUUGGUAGUAAGACGACAUUGUGUGUUAUGGAUACUUGUUUUUAUCAUUCAGAACAUGCAUGAUGUUUCUUCU